UCUGCAGAAUAUGAGCUGCUGUCACAGCUUUCUGGCUGCAAAUUGAUGAGAUCAUAGUGUUUUCAAGUUACAGAAAAAAAAAAGUAUUUGACUUGUUUUUCAAGGGAGGCAAAAACACGGAGAGGCUGAAGAAAUGGAGCAACUAGGAAAACUCCUCCUGUGGCAGCUCCUGCUCCAGCAAAGUUCUGUUGUUAACUUAUAUUCAGUGCCAGCCGAUGCCUCGAAUCCGGCCAGCGUCGUCGUGUCCGUGCUGAACAUCAGUGCUGCGCUGGGCUCCCAGGCCGUGCUGCCCUGCAAGAGCUACCGCAUGGUGUGGACGCAGGAUCGCCUUAACGACCGCCAGCGCGUCGUGCACUGGGACCUCUACAGCAGCUACUACGGCGAUAACAAGGUGGAGAGGCUCUGUGACAUGUACUCGGCCGGAGACCAACGUGUCUACAGCUCCUACAACCAGGGCAGGAUCUUCAUGCCCCAGAAUGCCUUCACAGAUGGCAACUUCUCGCUGGUUAUCAAAGAUGUUGCAGAGAGCGAUGAAGGCAUAUAUUCCUGCAAUCUGCACCAUCACUACUGCCACUUAUACGAAACUGUGAAAAUCCAGCUGGAUAUCACCAAAAAAGGCAAGGAGGCCAAGCAGUACUGGGACGGCGAGAAGGCCGUGAUCGUGGCCCUGGAGGGCAGCACCGUGACGCUACCCUGCGUGAACCGCAACCACAUCUGGACCGAACGGCACAGUGAGGAGGAGCAGCAGGUGGUUCACUGGGACCGGCAGCCCCCCGGCGUGCCUCACGACCGAGCUGACCGCCUCAUUGACUUGUACGCGUCCGGCGAGCGCCGUUCCUACGGGCCGCUCUUCCUUCGGCAGAAGAUGAACAUCACGGACAUGGCCUUUGCCGUGGGUGACUUCUCCCUGCGGAUCUCGGCGCUGGAGAGCGCCGAUGAGGGUACCUACUCCUGCCACCUGCACCACCACUACUGCGGUCUGCAUGAGCGGAGGAUCUACCAGGUCUUUGUGACAGAACCAGUGAGAGAGAAGAAGGUGAUGAACCUCACCACGCACAACACUGCCCCAGCCGCGGAUCCAAGUGUUGUCAGAGGCCACAACGUGAUAAAUGUCAUCAUUCCUGAAAGCCGAAUACACUUCUUCCAGCAGCUGGGCUACAUCCUGGCAACUCUGCUGCUCUUCCUCGUCCUCCUCAUCAUAGCUGUUCUCGUCACCCGCAAGCACCGGCAGAGAGGUUAUGAAUACAACGUGAAGAAAUAUGGAGAGAAAGAUGUAAAUCUUAAAGAAUUUACAGUGGACACAACAGAUCUGACUCAAUACAAAAGUGAAGACAUCAGGCUGGAUUACAAAAACAAUAUCCUGAAGGAGAAGGCGGAGCAAGCCAGAAGCUUCCCAGCAAAGGUCAUCGACUUAGACAAAGAUUUCAGGAAGGAAUAUUGUAAAUGAAGACGCUCCCAAGCUGCUGGCUGGACCAGGAGCUGCAAUCAAAGACAGAUAAAUGGAAAAGAGAUGCCUUUUCUUACUGCCACAUUCUUCCAGUUCCCUUAAAGUUUUCAUGUAGACUUUGUCCCCACUGAGCACCAGGGUAUUUGCAAAAGCUUCCUGAAAGAGUUAGACCAUCUGUCUUAUAUGCACUUAGGAUGUGGGUUUUGGUGGCCUUUCCUUCUUUUGUUCUCUCGCCCACACACACUUUUCUUCCUGAUAUUGUUGUUCUUAUGCAUCAAUGAUUUUUAUGAGCUGCAUCAGCAAACAUUUUGCUUUUAAAUAAAUCAAACCUGCACCACAACCCUGAGCCAUCAAUAUAUCAGGCAUUUUUCCACGUGGUGUAUUCAUCAGAAAAAUAAUAGCAAGGCCUGAUUGUGAUCUCCAUAUGCUGGUGUAAAUCAGGAGGAACACUGCUGUCACUUAGCACUUUAAAUGAUCCAGGUAAAGGACAAACAGCCUCUAACUUGCCCCUUUACAAAGAUUUGUUUUUGUUUCAUGGCAGCCCAAAUUAUAUUUGGCAGGAGCAGACACUUUCAGCUGAAGUUAAAGUGAUGCAGCACGAGUCUCAGUUAGAUCAGAACCAAAAAGCUCUCCAUGGAGAGGACUGAACACCUCUAUGGAAUGUGGAGUGUGACUUUCCUUAAGUCCUUGCAUGGAUCCUGCUCACACACAGUGUGCAUGCUCACCGGAAAAAGGGUAAGAUUAUAGUACAGAUAGAUUGUUGAAAGGAGAAAAGACUGUUGAAAGGAAAAACCUACCAAGGGCAGACCAUGAGGAACAUCAUCACACUGCACCAAAUAGCUUAUCAGGGAUCUUCACUGGCCGGGCUUUCAGAGAGAGAGCUAAAGACAGAAAUGAGAUGGAUUUUGUAGGUUUUGGCACUGCUUUGGCAUUGUUUGGAAAGCAAAUGCCUGAGAAGAGGAGCUCAAGAGUUGGAGGGGAGUUAUAAAAUGAACAAGAGAGGCUGCGGGCUGCAGGUGAGUUGCACAAAUGAGUUAUGGGUCCAAAAUUGAAAAAUGAGAUUUCACUGUUGCAGUCCAAGCAAUUUAGAGUAUCAGAAAAGCCAGAAAAUAUAGAAAACUUACAGAAAAUAAGAGUUCUGCGCAGCUUCUGUGACUGCUUGUGAUGUGCUGGGACCCCAUUUCCAAAUGAAGGGGCACACACAGCCCUCGGGACAUGCAGGGAAGGGAGGCCCUUCCUACUGUGUGCACGUUGACAGUGGCCUGUGUUCUUGUUGCACGGUGCGAGGCUGAGGGUGCCAACGAUCACUGAUCUCUUCUUUGGGGGUCUGAGGAGAGGAGGGAUCGCAGGGGAACGUGGUGACUGCAUGGCACUGGGCUAGGAAUUCUGGGAUGUUGCAAAUGGAAGUGUGAAGAGGAGCUGAUGUGGAGCAACUGUGGGGGUAAGGGGGGAUGGUAGUGAAAUUGUGGUUUUUGAGCAGUGCUCUGCUUGCAGAUGCUGUCUGAACCAGGAUUUCUGCCUUUGGAUGGAGCAUCCUGAGAUUUUUGCUGGUGCUGAAUUGGUGGUGGUUCAAGGAAGGCACCACAAACACCCCCAGUCUCUGUGGCUGUGUGACAGGGCUCAGCAGGAUGCAGCAUCUCAGGGAUGCACUGCAUUGAGUGCCACAAAGGGCCAUUUGUGCCCAUUUCCACUUGGGCUGAGCUGAAUUUCCAGCCUUCGCUACGCGUUGGCUUGCGCAGCCCCACGGGGCCUCCCAGUGGGGAGCAGGGUCUGAAUUGGGCCCAAGCUCCAACUUUUCGUCCCUCGUGCAAGAGCAGACAGCCUUUCUGGCUCUGCCCUUGGCUGGAGCUGAUCGAAACUCAAGGCACAUUCCUGCAGGUGCUCGGGCUCUGCUGGUUAUUCCAUCAGGGCGGCRAGUCUCAAGUCAUCACCAUUAAUGUCCUUCUCCCUCCCUUUCAUGUCUGUGAGUCAAAGGUUGGAGGUCUCUGCUUGCCAGUUCAAACUGCUUAGACUGCUCACAUAGACACCAGCCUGCAAUGGGGUUACUCAUAAACUCCAGAGGCAUUUAAAUAUUUUAUUUGACUUCCAGGCUGCAAAAUAGCUUAAGGGAAAAUAAAUUAAUAUGUUCUCUGAAACAGGCACUAGAAGGAGCUUUAUGAGUUCCUCAUCCUUGCUUUGAUCAUCAGCUUGAAUUUGAGUAAUGGUCAGAUAUUGCCUAGACUGAUUCAGAUGCGAGUCCAAAUGCUGUAUGUCCUUUGUAUUCUUUUGAUCUUUGGCAUUGGCACGAAGUGUAUGUAGCUGAUAUUGUACAUGAAAAUUGGAAGAAGGCUGGACUUGCAAUUAACCCGCUAGUUGAGCUGCAGAAGCACUGGUUCUGUUCGCACUCUGGUAAAGAUUCAGCGUGUUUCUAGACAAAUUAAUUUUCCUUCUCCUAUCUUUCAUUUUAGCCAUUCUUUUUCUCUUACAGGGCUCUAAUUUACCUCUCAUGAAGAAAUGAUGUUUCAAUGUUUGCACAGCAUUUUGAGGAAGUUAAAUGUGCUUUGCCUGAGCUGUUUUAUGGACUGUUAUUGCUCUCCUGGUGGAAUGUUGCGGCUCACUAGACUUCUUUACCUGUCAUUCCAUAGGCUCGUAGCAAGUUUUCUCUCAUUGUAAUCCUCUUGGUUCCCUGAGACAUGUAUUUUAUGUUGUUAGCUAAAAUAAUAGUAAACCCAUUUUCUUUUUAUACUCAAUACAACUCUGUGAGUUCCACGGCUCAAUUAAAGCCGAGAAUUGGAUGUGCCUCAUAAGAUAACUAAAAUUUUGUGGACUGCAAGCUUUUAUUGUUGAAUAGGGAUAUAGCAAUGACCUUGGGAAGGGUUAUGUUAAAUGCCAGCUGGUCUCAGACUGGCUUAGUGCUUUGG